AUGACGCUGGUGGAGACCAUUGAGUCUGUCAUCAGAUCGCGGCUUCUCGCCGAGGGGCCAUCCUCCAAGACACGUAUUUCUUUCAGAAAGCCAUCGGAUCCAGUUCAUAUUCCCUUGGACAAGGCCACGCUGUACAUCCAAUCCUACUUCAGCCAAAUGCACCCAUUUUACCCUUUCCUCGAUCGCAAAGAGUUUGAAGAGAAAGCACUCGGGCCGGCUCAUUCGCAAAUUCUGAGCUCGAGUUGCGCAUUUUCAGCUCUAUAUCACGCCAUCCUCGCGCUUGGUUGCCAGUACCAUGACGGCGGAGCAUUCGAUCCGGGAAACGGGAGGGCCUGGAAGCUUUUCCAGGUUUCGUUAGGUCUCGUGUCGGAGAUACUGAUUCCGAGGGAAGCAUUGACGAGUCUCCAAGCGCUGGUUGCAAUGAUCGACGAGAUUCUAGUCAUGGAAGCCGCCCGCAUGGCGCUCGGCCUCGGCUAUCACAGAGCUUUAGGUGACGGGGACCAGCGCCAGAAGAACACCUGCCACCGGACAUUCUGGGUCAUAUAUUACAUGGAGAAAGGAAUGUGUUUUCAAAGCCAUAAAGGUUCGAUGAUCCCAGACUACGAUGUUGGGAGUCCCGUGCCUGAGGUCCCGGAAUCCGUCCUUGGGGGGUAUAACUGGUUUGUAUCGGCUAUAGGGUUUGGCCGCAUCCUCUCGCUUUCAUACACGACUCUGUUUUCGGUAAGUGCCACAUCGCAAUCCCCGGAGGCGUAUCACGACGCCAUUGCAGAGGUUGAGACGCGCUUGGAACGAUGGAGAACGGCCAUCCCGUUGGAAUUUCGCCCGGAAGUGCCGCUUGGUGCACGCGGUGGGCCUUCUUCUCUUCUUGGGCCAGGGGUCAAAAUGGCCGCGCUCCAGACCAAGUUCUCUUACUACGGGCUCGUUAUCGCCCUGGCGAGACUCAAGAUGUAUGUAGGCCAGCUUGACCCAGGCCGGUCGCAGGAUCUGGAAAGGAGCAAGCGACAGUUGAUGGAUACUGCGAGAGCGGUCGUCGAGGACAGCAGGGACAUUGAUAUAGCUGCCCACACGCCGAAUUUCGUCCUCGCAGUUCUGCCCCUCGCCGCUCUAUUCAUCCUGUUCGAUUUCAUCGUGCACAACCCGACACAUCCAGAAACGCACAACAACCUAUCUCUGUUGGAUGUAGUCGCUGGGCAUUUCAGUCUGCUGGAUUACAAGUCGGGUGGAUUUAUGCCUGCAUCCCUUCUGACCGAGUUUGCGCAUAUCGCACGGCAGUCGUUUGACCUAUUCACAAUCGAAGUUUGCUGA